AUGGGCGUAAAGCGGAGUGCCGAAGAUGCUGGCAGUGCCGCAGCAGAACCUGACAAGAAGAAGAAAAAGGGCUUCUCCGUCGGACCAGCGAAUCUUCCGGAUGGAACAUAUCGACGAAAGACCCAAAAAAUCAAGCGCGACUUGAUCCAGAAAGCCAAGGUCAAGAAAGCCUACGCAAAAGUGAAGGCUCAAGAGGAAGCCGCCCAGGAUAACUCCGUAUCGAGAACGUUGGCCAGCAAUGCCGAAAAUGCCCCAGUCGAUCAACCUCCUGCGAGCCUUGAACUUCAUCCUGAACGGCAGGCAAUGCUUGACGCCCCCGAGGUUCCCCAAGAACAGGAGAGACGACCGAGAGAAGGACGCUCGCAGCGUAAGCCUCGCGAUUCCGACCAACAGACCCGGCAGCGCAGACCAAAGCAAUCGCGGUACAAGAAAGAGAUGGAACUAGCUGCUCAGCACAAAUUGCAACUUGAAGCGAAACGCAGGGCCCGCGAAGCUCGAGAGCAAGAGCGCAAGGCCAUGGCGAAGGCUAAGCGGCCUGGAAAGGAUGGAAAGGCGAAACUAGGAAAGCAAGGGACUGUCCUGUUGCAUCGAAUUCGACGUAUGACUGAGGAGGGCAAGAUAUGA